UGGGGUAGGUGAAGGCAACAAAUUAGUAUAGUAGGAGCAAAUAAAGUGGGGUAAUCAAUUUGGAUAUUUGACACUAAUGCAGAGAGGAAUAAUUGGACAUUAUUACUUUUCAAAAAUGGAAUUUACAAAACGAUGUUGGUUCUGUAAGUCUACAAACCACACCAAGCGACAAUGUGAACUCUUCAAAAAUGCCAGGUAUUUCUGUUCAAAAUGCCAAAUUUAUGGACACCGUAAUAAAGAUCAUCAGGAUAUUCCGACACUCCAGGAGAAUUUUAUGAAGGCAUUCAAGUCUGCCUCUACACAAACAAAACAUUUAAAAUCAAAUGAACGAUCAAAGCAACAUAAUAAAUAUUGCCAAACAGCAACUGUAAACAUGGAUAUUUAUAAACACAACAUGGACAACUACAAACGUAUAGAGAGCGAAUUAUAUGGACAGAAGAAUGGCAAUCGAAUAUACAAAGAACGCAUCCAGACCCUACAAUCACAAAACGUUAACAUUUCAGCGGUAAUUAAAGCUCAAGACAUACAGAUCCAAGAAUUACAAAAGGACUUAUUGGAAUAUUCCGAUCGAACAACUAGGGACGAUAAAACCAUCUCCAAACUGAAAUCAGAUCUGACAGAUUCUGAGGUGAGAAUAUGUUCAUUGACAGCUUCUUGUGAUAAACAUCUUAGUACGAUCAUUGAUAUUACGAAUCAACUCAAGGAACAAUCCGAAACAAUCGAAAUUUACAAAACAGUGAUAAAAACCCAGCAGGAGAAAUUGGAUCAAAUUAUUACUCGAACGGGGGCAUCUGAAACUACAACAAUAUGGAAACAAUUAGGAGAACAUCUAUUUUGGAAAGGAAAGACACCAAAUCAACAAGCUAUACUCUUUGAUGUUUGAUUUAUAGAUGUGAUAUGCCAUGACCUACAACUACAGCAGAGAUGUGUAUUGAAUUCUUCAAUUUAUGC